GGUCUGCAGACCCGCCAGGGACGACGGCUCCGAGGGGAGCGGGGCCGCCGUCCGCCCCGCCCGGGGGUCUCCUCCCCUGGGAAGGUGGGAUGCGGCAGGACCUGCCCAAACCGCCCAGUCGGACCUUCCCUUCUGCCUGCGUCCGCGUGGCCAGGUCCCGCCUGGAUGCCGUGGGCUUCUGAGCGCUCCUCGGCGGCACACCUGGCACAGAUUAACCCCGCGUGCCUGUGGGGAAACCGAGGCACGGAGAAGUCAGGGGACGGAGCAGGGCUGGGCACUGACCUAUGCCGUCUGGCCCAGGGUCUGGGCUUCCCUGCGCCUGGGAACGCAGCUCGCUCACAGGGGCACCUGCGCAGGGGACCCUUGGCAGGCAGAGUGGUUUGAGACCCUUCACUGCUCUGCCUGGGGGCUGAGAGGCACUGAGCUACCUUGAGGUCAGGAGGGCUCGUGGGCCUUCGUGGCCUGGGGAGGGAGGGCCUGAGCCCCUUGUGCACCCCUCCCUGGUGGAGGACUUCGACCUCGGAGUGGCUCUCUACCGAUAAUGGGGAGCUUCAUCCUACCUGCAGCAUCCCUUCGCAGCUUGGGACUAGCGCUCUGGCCUUGCCCAGAAAGGGAGCUGGUGAACAAACUGCUGCACCUGCACUUCAAGGACGCCAAGACCAAAGUCAGUGGGGACGCACUGCAGCUCAUGGUGGAAUUGCUGAAGAUCUUCGUUGUGGAAGCAGCUGUCCGAGGGGUCCGGCAGGCCCAAGCGGAGGACGUCACCCAGGUGGGCGUGGACCAGCUGGAGAAGGUGCUCCCUCAGCUGGUAGCUCCUGGACUUCUAGGGCUCUCCAUCUGGGCGGAGGCUGCCGCAGGGAAGCAGGACCUCUGCUGUGGCCCCAGUUUCAGACAGGGAAGGACCUGAGAGGCCUGGAGCAGACUCAAACCAGAGUUCGCACCACAUGCCGGAGACUCCCCUGCAACCUUUGCAGAGCGCAGGGCCACUCAAGCCACCACCUUCCUGGUGUCUUCUGCCCUCUGCUGCGGGACACAGGGUGGUGGAGGGUCUCGAGAGGACAGGCCCACAGGGAAACCGCGCCUGCUGUGCCGAUCCCGGGUGGGGGGGGGGGCCGCAGGCGCUGGGGAAAGGCCGGGACCCUCGCCCAGUGAGGCAGCGGUGGGUCGCCUGUCCACACUCCUGCCACCCAGUGACAAAGCCGGUGUGUGACCUCUCAGCCCCUUGGUAUUCCCUCAUAAGAGCCUUCCCUGAGCUAUAAACUUGUUCUUACAAAGCAACAUCAAUAAAUCAAAACUGUCUCUCCCAG